CCGUCCCCAUAAACUCUGCUCGCCCACGGCACGAUACUUUCCCCAUUCCUCCCAUAGUCCCCAUCCCCUUCCCUUCCCUCCCCCAGAUCGGCAGAUCCGCCCGCACCUACCCCCGCGGCGCGGCGCGCCUCCCGGAUGGCCACCGUCUCCCCCGCCCGCCCCGGGCCGCCGUAGCAUGGGCCUCUCCCCAUCCUCCCUCUCCAAAUCCAGCCCCAGCUCCCCGCCGCGCCGCAGCAGGUCGCUCUCCCCGAUGGCGCCGCCGCUGCUGCGGACGACCGCGCCGGCGCAGGUCGCCGCGGGGGGCAGCGGCAGCUCCUCCUCCUCGUUCCCGCCGCCCGCGCGGGACUACACGCAGGACCUGCCCGACGAGAUCCUCGCGCUCGUCUUCGCGUCGCUCUUGCCCGCCGAACGCAGCGCCUGCUCCCUAGCCUGCGCGCGCUGGAAGGAGGUCGACGCCGCCACGCGCCACCGCCUCUCCCUCGACGCGCGGGCCGGGCUGGGCCACGCGGCGCCCGCGCUCUUCGGGCGGUUCACGGCCGUCACCAAGCUCGCGCUACGUAGCGCGCGGGGCUCCGGCGCGGACAGCCUCGCCGACGAAGGCGCCGCGGCGGUGGCCGACGCGCUGCCCACGGACCGCCUCGCCAGGCUAAAGCUCCGCGGGCUGCGUCAGCUGUCUGACACCGGGCUGGCCUCGCUCGCUGGCGCCGCGCCGGCGCUCCGAAAGCUCUCCGUUGCGUCCUGCGCCUUCGGGCCCAAGGCCUUCGUCGCCGUGCUUCAGGCUUGCCCACUCCUUGAGGACCUCUCCGUCAAGCGCCUCCGUGGCCUCCCAGACACGGCCGGUGCCGCCACUGCCAUUACCGAGGAGAUCAAAUUUCCACAGGCGUUAUCCCUCCGUUCGGUUUGCUUGAAGGAUCUAUAUAGCGCCCCGUCCUUUGUGCCGCUUGUGGCGUCCUCACCGAACCUCCGCUCGCUCAAGAUAUUGCGGUGCACCGGCGCCUGGGACCUGCCAUUGGAGGUCAUCACUGCACGUGCUCCUGGUCUUGUUGAGCUUCACCUUGAGAAGCUCCAGGUGGGCGACCGUGGCCUUGCUGCGCUAUCGGCCUGCAGAAAUCUGGAGGUUCUGUUCCUUGUCAAGACCCCUGAGUGCACUGACUUGGGCAUCAUCAGUGUUGCUGAGAGAUGCCACAAACUCCGCAAACUGCAUAUUGAUGGGUGGCGCACAAACCGAAUUGGAGAUUUCGGACUCAUGGCCGUGGCACGAGGAUGUCCGGACCUGCAGGAGCUCGUCUUGAUUGGUGUCAACCCCACUGUGUUGAGCCUCCGGAUGCUUGGUGAGCACUGUCGUGCGCUAGAGCGGCUCGCGCUUUGUGGUUGCGAAACUGUGGGGGAUGCUGAGAUCAUUUGCUUGGCUGAGCGAUGUGCUGCGCUCAAGAAGCUCUGCAUCAAGGGAUGCCCGGUGUCAGAUCGUGGGAUGGAAGCACUGAAUGGGGGCUGCCCCAGUUUAGUCAAGGUGAAGCUGAAGAGAUGCCGUGGAGUGUCAUACGAGUGCAUCGAGAAUCUGAAGGUUACCAGGGGGGAAUCAUUUUCGAUCAGUUUGGAUAUCGUGUUGGACCAUGAUGCUGGGAGUGCUAGUGAAAAUGGUGUCCAGGAGACAGGGCAGGCACAAAUAACUGAGCUGGCUGAUCAGAUGGCUGGCAUGGACCUUCCAACCAAUUCUGUUGGCGCACAAUCAUCAACUCAUACUAUUAACAGGGUGAGUCGUGUCAUGUCAGCGAUCCGGCGUAGGUUUGGCAACCCUCCGCCACAGUGAUAUGAGAUGGCAAUGUUAUGAACUGUUGUUAUUCCUUAUUUUCUAAUCACAUUCAUGUUUAAGCUUAUUACAUUGCCUGGCCGGUCCGUGCAAGAUAAGUCUAUGGAUGUUUCUUCAUGUUGAUUUUAGUGGCUAAUUGCAUCAGCAUUA